AUGAAUGCAUUAACUGCUUUCAUUUUUCUCUUGGUCAUAAAUUUCUGUCUAUUAGAGAAGAAGGAAUCUGAUCAUAAUAGCUCUUCAUUCGUCAAUUAUAUAUUGGAAUGGAAUCGAAAAAUGGAUGAAAUUAAAUUUACUGAUUUAUUAAAUAAAACCUGGGAAGGUCCAUUUUAUUAUGAUUUAUCACUUGAUAGUAUGAUAACUUUACCAUGUGUAAUAAAUGCUAGCACAACUGAACACAUUCACUCUGUUAAGUAUGAUAUAUCUCAUGGAUUGGAUAAAUCAUGGGCAUUAUUAUGGAUUCAUAACACAUGGACAAAUGUGAUUGAUCCUUGGUUAGGUGACGGAAGACGUAGUUACGAUUCAUUAGAAAAUACCGAUUGGAAUACAACAAAUAUUGAGUUAACAAUAAGUCAAGCAUAUUUAUCAAUUAGCGAUAUUGAUGCAACUGAUGUAGGAGUUUAUGCAUGUGUUGCAGUUACUUAUCCCAUUCAAAAUGGUUAUUCACCAGUUGAUUUAAAACAAACUCGUCUGUUAAGUAUUCAUAUGAUACGUAUUCAUUCUAGCCUUAUAGUAGCACCAGAAUGUUAUGACGAAAAUAAUAAUGAUAAUAAUAAUUUGGAAAAUGAAUAUUAUUGUAAAACUGGAUUUGAACGAUGGACAUUUAAUGUUUAUUAUCCAAUUGAUGGUUGGAUGAACAGUACAUUAUUUCAUGCUCCAUGUAAUGCAGACAUUUUUCUAACAGCCUUAUCAAUAAAUAACAUAGACCCAACAGUUUGGAGUAUUGGUUGGAAAUUUGUACCGUAUGGUCAACUUGAUGAUACAAAAGUUGUUGAAAUAAAUGAAAAUACUGAUAUUCAAUGGUUCAAACCAAUUUAUAGAAGUGUUGAUGAUUCUACCUCUAUGUAUUCAUCGUAUGGUGAAUUCAUUGGAAAUAUAACUCAUCUAGCUAAUAUUCAUAAUUUAUUUGCAGGACAAAUUCGUGCAUUAACUUAUUGGAAAGCUCAUUGGCUUGCUCUAAACAGUUCAAUAAAACAGAGAUCAGGAGUAUGGCAAUGUUGGAUUCAACGGUCACUUCAUAGAAAUCAUUCAACAACAACGGAUAACCUCUAUAUACGUUGGUUGACAAAUGAAGUACAUGUGAAAAUUAUAUAUAGAAAAUAUAUUUAUCUAUCGGAGGUAAUAAGUGAAUCAUGGCGUAAGAUUGUUUUAAUCAUGGCUCCAUUGAAUAUGUUUUUAUUAUUCAUGCUAUUCACUGUUGGUUGGUAUUCAACUUGUUUUUACAAAGAUAAAUCUAAAUCAGUCAAGAGGUGGAACAAUGCAACACAAUUCAUUCAAAACCAAAAUCCUGACGAAUCUGAAAAAAUAUUUAUACCAUCUAAGUAUGUAGAUGAGUAUCUUCGAAAAUCUGGCAUCGAAUCGUAUAAAGAAUAUAUUAUUCGCAGAAAUAUGGAAAUGAACGUUGAAUAAGUGUAUGAGUUUUGAUUGAGAAUAUAUGGAAAAAAUCAUACUACAUAGA